AUGUCAUAUAUCAAAGCCCUAAUAGAUAAAGAGAGUCCGGAAGAAUCUACAGAUCCUGAUACAGUUUCUUCUAGUUCUUCCAGCGGGUCUGGUAUCAUAAAGGAUCUACAAUAUGGUCCAGCUAGAAGGACAAACUCUUUUUUCCAGGAAUUAUUUCCCUCUCCAAAAAUACCUGAUAGUGCCAAGAAGUCUCCUCCUGGGUUAUCCAUGCGGCAAUCUCAGGACAGUCAAUUAUACAGUAGUGGAACUUCUGAAUCAGAUAUAAUGUCUAUACGUACACAUACUAGACCAGGGUUACCCCAUCUGAUAAGUUCCACAAGGACGUCAUCGAUUAAAAGGAAUCCCAGUUGGUUUAGAGAACAACCGAUGUUCAUUCCGUCAGCUGGUUUCUCAAGUGCAGAUUCGACCAUCACACAAGUUACCAGUAAUACAGAAACUCUGUUUACAGAAUCACGUUCAUCGACCAAGUCUAUAUCAUCGAGAACCAGACAAGCUAGCAUUAAUCGUACGGCGAGUGGUGGCGGUGAGAGCUCUGAUUCUCAAACAGCAUAUAGCAUUCCAAUGAUACCGGUACAGUUGGAGAGAUUUGGUCAAGAGCCUAUAAAGGAGGAACAAGAAUACGAAGAUCUUCCACUGAUAUCUAAUGCAGAAGAGGUAAUACAUGUUGGCAUGCAACGUACCGAUACAGAGCACGGGUUUCAGAAUACUGCCGCCGCUUCUACUAAGGUGCAUGGUAGGGCUGCAAGCUCAGGAACUCAUUCAAAAAAUGACUCAAAGGAUGAUUCGUCAGUGAAAGCCUUUCGUUCAUCACUACUAGCCAAUAUCCUCCUACUUCCUAAGAGAUCAUCAUACUUGGCAAGUAAGAGGCUUUCAGACCCUUCAGUGGAAAUUCCACCACUUAGGUCCCUUUCUGGAUCAUUCCAACAGAAGUUGAAAGAAAAGAAUCCUGCAGCUCAUAGUGAUGAACAAAGCCCCAGUGAACGCAGCAAUACCGAUGAAAGUUCAGCUGUAGACAAUAAGUUACCACAUCCAGAACCAAGCAAGAGAAAAAGCACCAUUAUGGAUCUUGACCGCAAUAAAUUGGAUCAGCUUCUUCAGAUAUACGAAUCGGCAGGUCAUAGGAAGUACUGGGUCGACACAGAAAAAUCACCUGUGUAUGGGUUUGAUGCUAAACGAGAUGGUGAUUGGAUGCAGUACAGAUCUCUGUUCAGCGCCUGGAGAAUGAUAUCGAUUCUACUGAUUGGGUUGUUAAUUCCACCCUUGUUAUUCAUGAUUGGUGGAGGCUCCUAUUCAGGUGUAUCGGACAAGACUUUGUUGAGAAUUAUCAUUCACAAAAAACAUAGGGAGAAUGUCGAUCGUGGGUUUAUAUGGAACGUUGAUGUUAAAUGGUUUCGACGACUAUCAAUACUUGUGGGUGUUGUGGAGUUAUUCACAUUGCUGGCGUUGGUGAGCACAGGGUUUGGAAUACAGUUGUCUGGGUGA